AUGCGUAGAUUCUUCUCCGGCCAUGUUUCGCGAAUCGAAUUUCUGAGCCCAGGAAAAUCGGCUGCUCUGCUAUUCAAAACUACCGAACGGCCGAUUGUGGUCCUCAUCAACGUUAUUACACACGACAAAUUCGCUGCCGAACCAAGCACUCCGACGCCAGAUUUGACAGAUUACACGACCCGUACUUAUGGCGAGUUCGCUGCAACAUCUCAAUACCUGGCGAAUUCACUGAAAAAGCACGGACUUAUCAGUGGAGAAAGCAAAAUUGCGAUCUACUCGUCGAAUUGCUACGAAUACGACGCAGUAAUCAUUGGAGGAUACUAUCAAAAUAUAUGCAAUGUUUCGCUUUACGAUACUUUUGGUGAACAAGCAGUCAAAUACAUUCUCGAGCACAUUGAAGCUCCAAUCUGCUUCGUUCAAAAUCAAAAGAAACUUGACCUCAUUCUCAAAAUCAAGCCUGCUCAUCUUCAAACAAUCGUUGUGUUUCGAAAAUUCAAGAAGGUCAAGUCCUCCAAUUAUAAAAUCAUAAGUUUCGACGAUUUUAUUGCAAUCGGAAAAGACAGCUCGUUUGAUAAUGUUCCGCCGACUUCUUCAGACAUUGCUACGAUCAAUUACACAUCCGACACGACUGGCGAUCCGAAAGGCGUCGUCUUGACUCACAAGAACAUCUGCACCGUCUGCUGUGGCAUUACAAUCUUCUCGGGAGAACCUCUUGGUCCCGUUCAUGCGAGAGCGAACGCUGGUGUGACUCCCGCUUCAAAUUCGCUGCAGUUUCUACAACAGCAAAGAAAGCACCCGCUCGAGCUGGAGCUCCCGCUGCUCGGGUCCUCGAAGCCCCAAGAACUCCUGCAUCGUGGUUACGCUUUUUCGGUGAAUGGAGAACCAACAGUUGUUCACCGAGAAUCCGGAAAGCCCGUCGUCGUCCAGCGAAACCGAUUUUCCCAAAACGAUGCUCUCCAAAUCUGCGAAAUCUACAACUGCGGUGGAAUGGGCUACGAGUGCAUGGGCGGCAAGUGGCAAUGCCGAAGCGGCGUUGGACACACUUACGUCAACAAGGUGUGCGACGGAUUGGUCGACUGCGCUGAUGGAUCCGACGAAGCCGGCUGCGUCGAGAAAGUUUGCUGCGACCGCGUCGAAAUUGAAGGAUAA